ACUGUUUUACAUCCAUGUUUAGUCUUAACUCCUCAAUUGAAAACGCAACAACAAUAUGUUGCUGCUUGCAGUUUUGAGUUUAGUUCCAGUUGUCCCCAUCACGACCGCAUUGCAAAUCUCUUCCUGCGUUAUAUAUGAAACCUACAUAACUACUCAAUACAGAUUUACCCCAUUGGAGUUCUCUGAUUCAUGGUUCAGUCAUAGUUUACACGUUUCACCACGCAAAAUAAGCAAAGUUGGCAUUCGUUCUAAGCGUUUAUACGGAUGCUGUGACCUCGGCUAUACAUACGUUGGUUUUCCCAGCUAUAGUUGCCGUCCAGUUUGUUAUGGUGGAUGUCAAAUGGAUGCUCAUUGCACGGCACCAAGCCAAUGCACCUGUGAUCAUGGCUACUACAAGGAUCCCGAUAGUGGUCAUUGUCUAUCCAAUGAAACCUUAUCUUCCGGAAAACUUCUUGAAACAUCAACAACAGGAGCUGUCUUAACUGGGACGACAAGUACCACGAAAAUUCCUUGCAACGGAUCCUGCCCACUUAAUGAAAUUUGUUCUCAGCCAAAUGAUAUUUGCAUUUGCGCAAAUGGCUUCCAACGUGCGACUGACACUUCAAAUUCGACCUGUGUCCCUAAAUGUGAUGAUGAAUGUCAAAACGCAGACUGCACAGCACCAAACACCUGCACCUGUUGGCCGCAUUACGAAAAAACCAAUGACAGCUCAACUUGUCAUCUAAAGUGCACCGAAAUAUCAUGUACGUUUGGGGAAUGCAAUGAAAAUGGUGUCUGCAUUUGUGCUGAGGGUUUUUACAACAACGGAACUAAUUGCCUCUGGGCAGGCGAUGACAUCUUCUCUGAACCUGAUUAUUGUAAAUGUUGGUCCCGAUUCAUAUGGCAGAAAAAUCUGACAGAAAGUCGCUGUUUGAAUUCGUGCGAAGAUGAUGACAUAUCUUCCGAUUGUAUACCUUUUAAGGAAUGUGAGUUUUACGAGGGGUACACAAUCUGUCAUGCACAAAUGUACAAAUGCAACGAUUUGUCAUCGGAUUCUUCGAGCACAACGAUUCCCGAGAUAGCAGAAGAAGUCAAAGCUGAUAUCGCUAGUUCAAAGACGUCUACGGUAGUGAUUCUUUCAAUACUGGGAUUAACUUCACUCUUGUUAGUUGUGGUUGCAAGUUUAUGGACGUGGAAUAAUCGACGUAACUGGCUUAAUCGACUUUGGAAUUACAACCCCAUGGACAAUAUUCAGGAAAAUGAACAACCUAAUUCUUGCGCUUGUUAUUAUGGUUAUGAAAUUUCGGACCUUGAUGGAACUUGUAAGCGAAUUGUGGUUGAAACGAAAACUGUUUUCCCCACUGUGGAGGUUGCAACAUUCAAAGUUGAGCCUACAACUUGGCAACAUAUUUUCGAAAAGUCGACUCAUCUGAAAGACGUUUUUGAUUCGAAUAAAAAAGCUGUUUCUGAGGUAACAAGUGAGAAAAAUACAAAGUUUGAUGUACCCACAAUGGGACAGAUUAACUUUCCAAGAGUUAAGUUUGUCACAUAUUCGGAUUUUGGUUUAGGAACCAUUCAUCCAACAAGCAAUCCUCGCCCUAACUUGAAGAUUGAAUCCUCAACAAAUCAGAUUGAUUUUGAAUCCUCUUUGGAAACUGGCACUGAUUUUUCGAGGGUGAAAUUUAUUCCACAUAGAGAAUCCCUUCCCAAUAACAUCAAAUCCAGGCAAACUAAUAACUUUGAAGUACAAUCGUAUGUGUCUGCAAAUUGUUCUUAUGGCAUUUGUAUUUGCCAAAUGGGAUAUCAAUUAAUUGAUAACAAAUUUUGCACUCAAUGUCGAAUUGGAAACCAGUGUCAAUGUCCAGCAGGAUACGCCUAUGAUUCAUUUCGUUGUAAGCCAUUGUGUAAUGGUGUGUUUGAUGGCUGUAUUCAAGGAACUUGCGUUGAACAUGAUGAAUGUAGCUGUUUCAAUGGCACAGAAAAGUUUACCGAUGAUAAAUUUCGUUGUUAUGUCAAAGAGACAAGCAAAUUAGACCAAAGAAAAAUUGAUACAAAAUGGUAUCUUUUGGUGUUAUUGAUUCCAGUAAUUAUUGUUAUAAUAAGCUUUUAUUUUGUCAUCAAACGUUCGAGAUCUGCCAAAUCGAAUCGUUUAAAAGCUCAAAGGCAUCAAUUCCAGGAAAUUCGAUAUUUUCACACAAAUAAUAAUUUCUGUGUUCAAAAAAUGUGUAACACGGCAGUGGACGGAUCAGGCCUUGAUGGACCUACAAAUCAGCUUAAUGAGAAUAUACUAAUUGUUAAAGUGUGCGACACAAUAUCCAUUCAAACAAUUAUCGCAAAUAGGCUCGCAAGCUAUUUCAUCCGAAACACUAUUCACCACAUGAGGCUGGUAGCCUUCGCAACAUGUUUCUACAAAUGCCAUAUGCAUGGAGGAACCGGAUCGGAUGAACUUCGCAUGAGGAGAAUUAAGCUAGAUUUUUUAGUUAAAAAACUGAGCUCGAAGAUGAAAGUUCUCUGGAAAAUUCUUUUGUUUUUUGUAUUUCAAACUAUGACAACUACUACUCACGGCUUAAAGCCAUAUUGUGAGGAAACAGAGCUAUACACUGUUCAGGAGUCUUAUUAUCGAUUCCAAGAUCGACGCGUAUCUCAAAAAGGCUAUUUUCCAUGGCAAACAACGUAUCGGUGGAUAGUGCAAAAAGUUCCUGCAAUUCAAAUAGUACGGAAAACUCGUACAAGAACGAAAUGUUGUCCUGGUUUCUCAAUGACUGAUCAAUCAAAGUGUGUUCCGUACUGCUCUGUUAAAUGUAUCAACGCAAAGUGUACUGAACCGGGCGUUUGCACCUGUAAUAAAGGAUUCCAAAAGAUUCUUUUCAAUCCAAACUCCUGUGAACCAAUUUGCGACGGAGGCUGCGGACAGGGGACGUGUAUUGCUCCCGGGAAGUGCGACUGCUUCAGAGGCUAUCAAAUUGCCGAAAAUAAUAGGUGCUCGCCUAUUUGUGAUAGUGGUUGCAAGUUUGGCAAGUGUAUUGCACCCAACAAAUGUGAAUGUGAGACAGGAUACAUUUUAAACGCCCUUACCAACACCUGUGAACCUAUUUGCAUUGGAGGAUGUCUGAAUGGGCAUUGUUCGACUCCAGGAGAGUGCGUAUGCUCACAGGGUUUUGAAAAGGAUGGUCUUAAUAACUGUUCGCCAGUCUGUGAGGACAAGUGUGUCAAUGGGGAGUGUGUUGCACCAAAUAAGUGCCUUUGUGAUAAGGGCUAUAGAAUUAAUGCUGAAGGGCAUUGCGACCCCGUUUGCGAAAAUGGUUGUGAGAGUGGAGUCUGCACAGCUCCGGAUGAAUGUUCAUGUAAUGAGGGAUUUGUUUUGAACGGAAAAAACCACUGCAGUCCGAUAUGUGAUGGCGGUUGCAUUAAUGGUAAAUGCAUAGUCCCAAAUGAAUGCGCAUGCGAUUUAGGCUAUGAGCUUAAGAACCAAAUUUUGUGUGAACCUGUUUGUGAAAAUGGCUGUCAAAAUGGUAUUUGUGUGGCUCCAAACAUAUGUAACUGCUCAGUAGGGCACACUUCUGACACAAACAACAAUUGUGUACCAGUUUGUGCAAAUGGGUGUCCGUUUGGCAAAUGCAUUGCUCCAAAUGUUUGCGAGUGUCAACCUGGAUACACACUGAGCACUAAUGGAUCUGGGUGCGAGCCCAAAUGCUCCGAGGGUUGUUCGAAUGGCUUUUGUUAUCGUCCUGAAAUGUGUGUUUGCAAUCAGGGUUUUCUAAUGGGCCCGGAUAAUAAGUGCGAUCCAGUUUGCAGUGAUGGAUGUCUAAAUGGUGUAUGUUCUGAGCCAGAAAUUUGUCGAUGCCUUGAUGGGUUUCAAAUGCCAGCUGACUCGAUUAACAAAUGUGAACCGAUUUGUGAGCCCAAAUGCCAGAAUUCAGAUUGCGUAGGGCCAGGAUUGUGCUUGUGUAGGCAAGGCUACACGCCAUUCAAUUCUUCGGCAUGUCUGCCUCAUUGUGAAAAGUCCUGCUUGAAUGGUUAUUGUGCUUCGCCAAAUAAUUGCUCUUGUAUGGAGGGCUACGAAGCACAUGAUUAUGAACCCAAUGUUUGUACACCAGUAUGCGAGAAUUGUAAUUAUGGUGAUUGUAUUUCACCGGGACAAUGUCUUUGUUGGCCAGGCUAUGAAAUGGAUCAGAAUUCUGCGACAUGCAUUUUGCCCAUCAGUAGUACUUCCAUCAUAAGCACAGAGUUUACUUCGAAAAAAGAAUAUGAAACUACAUCAUCAUCGUUUUCAACGUCUGAAAUGGUAACAGCUUCUGCUGUCACCAUUAGUUCAUCAGUUUUCGAAGAAAUAUCAACACAUUUAAGUACUGCUACUGCAAAAAUGUCCACAGAAAAUAGUUUCGAAGAAAGAAUCUUUGAUCUUUGCAAUUGUUGGUCAUUAAUAAAUUCAAAUAAAACUAACUGUUUGACUGAGGCAGACAUCGAGAGAGAUGGAUGCCACAUUGAAAAGGUUGUCUUGAAGCUAAAUUGUAAUGGGACUGAAUACCUAUGCAGUAGAGUUCUGGGAAACACUUCUCUAGUUGUUCGAAAUGAGGAUUGGUGGCAUUGGAUUCCGGUUACGGCCAUUUUGAUAGUGACACUAACAGGAAUAGGUCUUUUUAUACGAAAAUAUUGGUUGCCAGGAAAUUCCGAAACAAAUGAAGAAGGGAAUCAAGAAUUCUCGGUACAAUAUGUUAGCAACGGUAUGUAUAAUGAAUCUAAGAAGGAGUUGGACUAAGAUUUUAUGACAGAAAAUAAAUUUGAUUCACUUGAAAGAAAAGUA